AUAAAUAGAGUAUAAUUAAUUUAGCAUGGUAGUAUUAGAAAGUUGAUAAUAAUAAAGGCCAACUUCUACAAAGUUAGUAUAUAAAAAAAUAAAAAACAGAAAUAGAAAAAUUGUUAAAAUGGAAGCUACUUUAAAAAUACAACCAGAUUCAUCUGAAGCUGAUCAUUUUAAGAAUAAGUUUCCUGGUAAAGGUGCACCAAAACAAACCGAUUUUCUUCGUAAGCGAUUGCAAGGAAAGAGUGGCGGAAAGUACUUUGAUUCUGGCGACUAUAAUGUAGCAAAGAGUACUAAAAAAAAAGAUGCAACUAUUAUUACUGGAAAAGCCAUUCCUACACCAGAAGUAAUUCCUCAUCGCAAACCUUCGAGCUCUCAAAGUAAUUUACUUGGUGUACCUGAUCAUACUUUAGAAGAAAAGAAAGUUGAAGUAGAAAAUGAAGAAGCUAAAAAUGCAGAAUAAACUUGGUUUUGAGAUCUGCAGUUUAAGAAAAUAUCUUAUAGAGUUAAGAAAAAAUUGUAAAUAAUUUUUUUCCAUUUGUUUUAUUUUUAUUUCUAUUGGAGUUAAAAAAAAUACGAUAACUUGUAACGGUUACGGAUGUUCGUUCAAUUUUAGUGUUUUUG